GUUAACUCUGGACUUCUUAGUCGGAGAAUUUCUGCAUUAAGGAAAAAGUCAGAAAUCGAGGCGACCUCGAAAUGGCUUUCCGAAGAAGAAACAAGAGUUACGCUUUCUUCAGUCAAGAAUUUCUCAUUCAGAAUCAUGCAGAUAUUGUAUUCAGUCUGGUUAUUUUCAUCCUGAUCGGACUGAUGUUUGAGGCAACUGCAAAAACAGCCAUCGUCUUCAUCCAGCCGCAGUACAACAUCAGCACACUAUCAACAGAAGGGGAGGUGACGCUGUACCACUACGGCUGGAAGGACUGCGGCACCAUCCUCUUCUAUCUCUUCAUCACCAUCAUCCUCCACGCCGUGGUGCAGGAGUACGUGCUGGACAAAGUCAACAGGCGCCUGCACCUUUCAAAAAGCAAGAACACCAAGUUCAACGAGUCGGGCCAGCUGUGUGUGUUCUACUUGGUGUCCAGCAUAUGGAGUCUCUAUGUCCUCUGUACGGAAGGUCAUCUGCUGCACCCCAGCAGUCUGUGGGAAAACUAUCCUCAUGUGCAUCUAAGGUUCCAGGUGAAGUUCUUCUACCUCACUCAGCUGGCCUACUGGUUCCACGCCAUCCCAGAGCUCUACUUCCAGAAGGUCCGCAAGGAGGAGAUCCCUAGGCAGCUCCAAUACAUCGCCCUAUACCUGCUGCACAUCAUGGCUGCCUACCUGCUAAAUCUGACCCGGGUGGGUCUGGUUCUGCUGUUCCUGCAGUACGUGUCUGAGCUGGGGUUCCACAUCUCCAGGCUCUUCUACUUCACAGAUGAAAACCAUCACAAGAUGUUUGACCUUUGGGCAGUAGGGUUUGUGUGCACACGGAUGGUCACCCUGACCCUGAUGUUUCUGGCGGUGGGCUUCGGGCUCUCCCGCGCUGAGGACCAGAACCUGGACUGGGAGGCGGGCAACUUCAACACGGUCUUCAUCAGGAUGACGGUGCUGUGUCUGGUGUGCUUCACCCAGUCCUGGCUGCUGUGGAAGUUCAUCCGCUUCCAGCUGCGCCGCUGGAGGGAGUUCAGGCUGGAGCAGGCGGCCCGCAAGAGAGCCGCCGCCAAGCAGAACCCCUCGCGCUCGCUCAAGAGAGACUCCGUGAGUCACCAUGAGAACGGGCUGGUGAAGGCGGAGAACGGCACCUCUCCUCGGCUGAAGAAGGUCAAGGCCCCUUAACCCCCCCCCUCUCUCUCCCUCUGGCGCCCCCUCAUGGCCACUGUGCCCUCUUGCCUUACCCACCUGCCCCUCUCACCUCCACCUGGAUCCACGCCUCGUCCCGCCUCGCCUCGUCCACUCUGGGAGCCGCCCACCUGGGGCCGUCGGCCAGGGCAGAGGAGAGUCUCUCCACCGGACUCCCUGACCUUCAACUGACCUUGCCCUGACCUUGCCCUGACCUUGCCCUGCGCUCCGAGGAUGGCUGCAGGGGUCAUUCAGAGGGGCGACGGACAAGAUCCAUUACACGAAACAGGGAAGACACGCUUCCCUAGGGAUGUAGCACACACACACACACACACACACACACACACACACACACACACACACACACACACACACACACACACACACACACACACACACACACACACACACACACACACAGAGAAUCAUAACAGACAAUCAGUCUUUGACUUGUCUUGUUUUUUUUGUAUCAGUAUUUUUGUACGUUUUUGUUUUUGGUAUAAAACCGCUCAGUGCCUGUCUUCAGUUCCACCACGGUUGGACUUUUCUCUCGUAUCAUCUUGUAAUGUAUAAUACAUACAGUAGUCUAGGUGUGUAUUUCGUCAUCACUUCGCCCGACUCACGGCUGCGUUCGUGUCGGUCAUGUGUCCUGCUCGAGGCUGCAGGGUUACCUGCCCACGUGUCCAGGGGUCAGGUGCUAUGGGCCACUGGACAUACAGUGCGGUGGCCCUCGAUUGACGGACAGAGCUUGUGCUCUCCUCUGUUGGACGGCCAUGCCUGAUCGUUUCGUCCCCUGGUUGUGGCCAACUGUCAGUCAGCCUCCCGCAAGUUCCCUAGCAACCCGUUAUCAUCAUCAUCGUCAUCACAACGAAAUGCAGUUGUUUAUUGCGGUGUUAAUGGAGUGUAUGGCAAUGCUUUAUCAUUUUUUUAUAUAUAUUAUUUUGCCCGUAUGUAUGUAGAAACCAGUAUCAGAUCAUAUUGUACAUUUAUAUUGUGAAACAUAAUUUGUUGUAAUUAUGUGAAAGGAAAAAAAAGGAGAAAAAAAAAA